UCGAUUCUACGGAUGAAAUGUCGUGCAGUCAAGCAUGUUUAAGACAUUCUUGGUGUACCUCUUCUAACUUCAAAGAGUCCUCGGGCAACUGUGAACUGAACAAGCAUGAGUUUUCUACAACUGACGAUGACACCAAGCUCACUGAUAAUCCAGGCACAACGUUUUCAAUGUUUCUUAAGGUAAGAAAAGUUUUGAAUUUUCAUUGCUUAGACAACAAGGGCGUGCGUGUGCAGACCAGCCUAAUUUCCUCGUGCAAGAAGAAAUAGACUCCUGCACCCAGGAUAAGGCAACAGCUGUUAAAGCGAAACUAAGUAAAAAAAAAAAGAAAUUCGGUAAAACAGUAAAGUUGAGUUGUUGUAAAAAAAAGCGCACGCAUUUCAGUCAUGUUUCGUAUGGGAGCGAGCCAUGUUUUAGCUUUCCCAAAUUUUUCAGUUCCGCAAAAUCACCAUCAAAGGCAAUUUUUUCUUCCCUAACAAAUGGCGUACAUGUUUUGAAAAUAAAGUUAAGAGAAGUAUAGAGUGCAAACAACCGUAAAUGUUAAAAAAAGAGGAACGCAGAGCCAGCAAUUUAUAAGUGGAAUUUUUAUGUUCAACAUUAGAUUUGCUUUGGGCCGUUAAAAAUGUUGAUGGAUAAGUCUAGUUACCUGCAAGAAUCUGUAGCUAGUACGUCGCCCUCCCCUGCCCGAGAAAGACUGGCUAAAACAUCGCCUUUCUGGUAUAUAAAGUCUAAAGUGUCUCUGAAAAUCCUUGAUUAUUGUUUAUGUUUUAAGCCGGCUUCCCGGUGUUUGCUUUUUUCAAAGAUGAACUCGAGGCAAGAAAAUCGCUCAAAGCUUUCUUUUACAGCCAGAAUUAUAACUAAAUCUUCUUUGGGACGUUUUCUUAUUUAUCUAUUUGCGGUGAGAAAAUGUCUGAAGUCUUUUUAAAGUUCUAUAAGGUUAUAAUCAAACCUGAUACUCGGUCAGAUCAUUGUCUCAAAUCUUACAAACGUGCAUAAACUAAAUAGCCCCAUAAACUACACUCGACUUAUAAAAAACAAACAUCAAAUAAAAUAAUUACUCAGGCUUACCAUUCGAGAUGCACUGAAAACUAUCAAGUAAGGCCAGAAUCGCUUCAGACUUUUCGACCCUCUUACGCAUCCAGCAAGGUGAAAAACGAAACCGAUGCCAUCCGAAAUCGGAUUUCCAACUUUGACAAGCGACGUAUUUCUCAAUCAAAAACCCGAUAAACAAACUAGCCAUGAAUAACAGAAGACUCCUGAUAGCAGCUGAAUUUCAUUUUGUACAAUGUUCAGUGGAAAAAGAAGGUUAAAAACAUCACAAGUUGACAAAAAACUCUGUCAGCUUCAGCUGUCAAAGUAAGCAAGUUUCAAGAUGCUGCAUAAAUUUUCCGCAUGAACUCACCUGUCAAAUUUUGACCAAUCAGAGCAUAAAAAUUGGACGUAGAGCGUGACCAACGCGUGAUCUUGGUGAGAAAAGUCAAAAGCAACUGGCAUGUCUUCCCUGCCUGUAAAAACUGGCUGAAUCUUAGCUUCCGAGGUCAGUUUGAAAUCCAAAUUUUAAUUGUGCGGCACAUAUAAAUCAAACUUGAGCCUGCAAUCAUUUGAAAACUGGUAACUUGUAGGCGGAUAACUUCAAAAAAUACUCGACCUCGAUGGGUCGACACCUGAGACCCCGAUACGGUCAGGUAAUACUGGUCAGCGGAUACCCUGUUUUGACAGCUGUCAAUUGAUCACAAGAUUGAUGUGCAAUAUGUGUGCUAUAGAGCGGUUUUCACUUGACUGUCGAAAGGGAUUGGUUUUGGUUUUGGUUUUGGUUUUACUACGCCCUUUGGUUGGCUAGUGUAUUUACUUUGGUUUUGGUUUUACGACAGUCAAGUGAAAACCGCUCUAUCAGUCUUCCCGUGCUCCCAAACUAGCUAGAAAGUGUGGGAUUGAGCAUUGGUUGCCCUGUGGUACGGACGGACGGGCAGCGGGCGGGAGGUGUACGGUCACAUGAUUACCAAAUUUUCUGGGAUGGGUAGAUUUACUUACCCAUGGUGCUCCGCAGGCGCGCUUCGCGCGCCAGAGCUCCGCUAUAAUCCAAAUGAGUUUAAGGUGUAUGUUAUACGACCGAUCGCUAGAAACAGAAGGUCUUGAAGUUUUUCUAAAAUCAGUCGCAAAGAAAUAUUUUAACUUACUGCAAUCGAUUGAUCGUCAUAAACAAGAGGUUUUGACGUGAAAUCAGUAGAAAUGAAAUGAUUUAACUUGCUGCGUCCUUACUUUUAGGGGCUCAUAAAAGUCGUGUUUUGUUAAAACACAAAAAGGCGGUUUAUUCGAUACCUGCCUCAGUUCCUAGAUCAGUGCCAAAGUUUCUCUUUGAUAGUAUCAGUCAAGGUACUGAUAUUAUCAUAUUGACAAGGUCAUAAUAAAGUUUAGUUAUAACGUGCACUCUGAUCGGUUGAAAAACGUGCUUUAAUUGAGAGUAUAAAAAACGGAAUUGAAGCUGUCACGUUCUCUACAGCGGAAAUUUGCACAGUCAAUUCUUCUUUAUUUGUUAUAGCAAUGCCCUGUAAGUUCUUUCAAAUUUACACUUAGGAUAGCGUGGUGAUAUUGACCUAACUAAAAAAAACACACAUCACUAUUACCUUUGUUAUGCUAAAAUGUUUAGCCAACAGCUUGCACAGCAAGUGAACAACGAUUCACCUUGUUUCAUCAGUUUGUUUAAUUGCGGCAUGUGUUGAUUAAAUAAAUCAGCUUAAACUAACACUAAAAAUUUGGAAUGUUUGCCAAACGUUUUUCAUAAGACAUACUAAAAAUAAAUUUGCAUAGUUUGCACAAUAUAUGUCAGUGGCUAGGGGUUUGCCAUGAAAUAAUAAUUUUUAAAAAUGUUUCCUGUCUGUAGAGGGUCUCCCUCGUCUAUAUUGACAACCUUACACCCUAAUUGUGCUUUAAUUUAUCUGUCUUUCUCACAUCACUUUCGAAGAACGAAAAUGACUCCCUAGCAAUUUUAUUUAGUUUAGUUUUGAUGAUAUGAGAUGUAACAAACUUUAAAACACGUCAAUCAAGUUUCGAUUAUCGACUUUUGCUAAGUGAUAUCUAAGAACCCAAUGUACAUGCUACAUGAUUGUAGAUGAAAACUUCACAAUCAAAAUCUCACGUACACCACAGUACGUUGCCAAGUAUCCGGACACUUCAGUUUAACAUUGCAAUAACUUUCCUUUGUUAGUCGCAAGAACUCUGAAAUUUGGCCCAGAGAAAAUCUAUUUAGUCCGAGUUAAUACCGUAUUUAUUCGCCCUUAUUAAAUUUUUGGCUCUUGAGAGUGGGCGCUUAUUCGAGGUGGGCGUUUAUUCGAGGCUGGGCGCUUAUUAAAUUUUCACCAUUCUCAGCAAGUGUAGUAGUAUAUUUUACAACCAAACAGUAAAUGGUACCAACAAAAAGUGAAGAUGUAACAAAGCAAGGUUUCUGUAAAAUACUCUGAAGAAAACUCCGUCUCCGGGAAGGUCUCUUAUUAUCUCUUAUUGGAGUUAUUGUGGGAGGGAGUGGGGUGGGGUGGGCGCUUAUUCGAGGCUGGGCGCUUAUUAACUUUUUCUGCCUUUAGCAUGGGCGCUUAUUCGAGGUGGGCGCUAAUUCGAGGUUGGGCGCUUAUUCGAAUAAAUACGGUAUGACGAAAGACAGUUUAAAUUUUUUGCCUUUGUUUCCAUGGCGAAAUUAAUAUUUUUGCAGGGCUCCUAUGUUGCCCAGUAUCCGGACAGCUGAUCCAGUAUCCGGACACAACAAUAACAACGUAAUUGUACAUAAAUUUCGACAAGCAAGCGACUUAUAAGCUUCUCUUGCACUUGCAAAGUAGUCUGGCAAUCGAUUCCAAAAAUAUAACCUGCCAUCGUGAAAUAAAACAUGACAAAUGACUGUGGUAUGGUGGGGAACGCGAGCGGUUGUUAAAUGUCAUAACUCAUACUUCCUUGUCUAGGAACUUUUUCACUGAUUUAAAGAAGACGUCCGUGGACAUGCGGAAGCCGCGGUUUGCUAGCUCAAUUAGCCAAUCUGCAAACGACUUUUUUUCUUCAUUUUUUAUUUUAAAAAAAAAGCUUGGGGAAGGGACCUCAAUGCGACGGUCAAAGGUCACUCUCCUAUUUAGUCUGACCUGCAGUGUUGAUUUCUUCAUGCUCCGUCCCUACAGACCCUACAAUAAGCCCGCUUUUCUAGCACUAAUUCCUCCUUCUUUCACAUCUCUCAAUCCCUUUGUGACAUUUUUCAGACCGUCGCAGCCCCAUUUUAGCAGUCACAACUGGGGUAAGUAUGAGAAUUCCAGGUUCAACUCCGACGCUUUCGGUUACAUAUAGAAAAUGCAGUCACGCGAAACAAGCGGCGCACACGAAAUCAAGUCGCCUCCGAAGGAGUGAAGAAAAUUUCCGUACGGAGUUGAGUAGAAUUACAUUUUACGACUAUAUGAUAUAUCCUAAGCUUUAAUUAUAGUGACAGAUAUGAAAUAAAUCUUAUCCGGAUAAUGUACGCAGCUAAUUCAUCGAUUCUGUACAGCAAAGAAAAAACUGUCCGGAUACUGGGCACCUGACAUCAAUACUUAGUGAAUGUUUCUGGGCUCCGUUAUUCCAAACAAAUCGAAUUUCAAGAAUAAUUAAUAAACUUUCUGAGAACCUGACUUCUUUAAGUAUCUUUAUUUAAAUAUAAAACCGUUUCUUUGAAAAUAUCACAUAUCACCUACCCUUUUCUGGGCAGCACUAAUUUUACAGCACAGUAAACAGCGUAAAUAUUAGCCAUGAAAUGUUUAUUCGCCUGAACAGAACUGCGUCUUCUGCGACUGUUUCGCAAGCUUUCAUCUCGCCAAAACCUUCAUCUUAAAGCCGAAAUGAUCAGCUUUCAUUCGCAAUACAUUGUUUACCGAUAACUGAAAACGGCGCCUCAAGAUUUUCUCUUCUCUUUUCCGUAGAUAAAAGAUCUCUGCGAAAAUUUAAACUCUCUGAAUGAUAGAUAAAAGGCUAAAUGCUUUGGUUGUAGAAUCAUAUCAGUUGGAUAUUUAUUUUUCGUUUUCAACAGGGCUGUCUUGUGAACGGAUGCCUAAAUAAAGGUUCUUGUAUUUUUGACCAAGAAAAGGAAACUUUUGCUUGUUCAUGCAAACAGCCAUGGCGAGGAGAAAGAUGCGAACUGGGUAAGCCUAUACUAUGUAAUUUAUUCACAGCGAGAGCGUUAUUUGUUUUUCAUUAUCAUUUAGAAAUUUAUGUUGGUAUGGCAAUAUUUCCUUACAGUUUAAGCGGUUAUAUGUCUAUAUUACAAUCAGUUGUGGUAAUAACGGUAGUAGUAGCAGCAGCAGUAGUAGUAAUAGUUGUUGUUUUUGCUGUUUUUGUACAGUGUUGGUUUCAUGUCAGUGCUCUUAGGUUCGUAUUCAGUAAGAGUUUUAGUUUAAAGGUUCCCUUUUGUCCUAUAUUCUUAAAAGCUAUAAUAGACUUCAUUAAGAUUUCGCUUCAAUCACAGAGGACGUGACAACUAAAAUGACAUGUCAUUAUAUUUCACACAUUUAUUUCUGAAUUAUCUGCGACAGGAAAUUUGAACUUGCAAAAGGUCAUUAUUAGGUUUUUUAAAGGCCACACACGCGAGGGGAAGUCCUUUUCUGCCCUUGCACGCGAGAUCUUACUUGAGAUUUCUCCCUUCCAGCCUUAAAGAAACCAGCCCAUGCAACAGAGGCUGCGCUGAAAUCGAUUGAGCAAAGUAAAUAUAUCACAAAAGUUGGCAAAGAUCGAGGCUAACAUAAUACAGGGGCACCCAGCGACUGUUUGCUGUAAAAUAUCUGUUCGGAGAGCCAGAUGCUGCCUAGAAUUUUCUUCUGCUGAAGACAGCUAAAAAUUUACAGAUGACCGCUCCAUUCCCUAUACAAUUUUCGAAGCUUAUCUAAUAAAUUCCCUACGAUUUUUUUUAUUUUUCACAUUUCACCCCCCAGGUUAGGCUACUUUUCGUAGAAGAAAGGAAACCUUGAAUUUUCGGAUUCAAAGAGGUGAUGGAGAGAGGAAUCAGUAAAAUUCUCACUUUCGUAUUACCUUAAAUUGAAUAUAAAAUCUUCGGGAAAAUAAUACUGAAGCCAUGUAAUUUCGAAAAGACUCAAGUUCUCCUAGAAUCACUGAACAGAUACAAAUUUUAUAGAACCGCUUAGAAUGCAUUUCUAGAGAUCUAUAAAUACUCUGGGUAGCUCAAAAAGUGUUUUCAGUGGAUUGGGAGGAACCCGUCGUUGGGUGCCCCUCAUAAUAUAAACAGUGUGCUACCUAUGAUAUUGCGGUGCAUUCCAAUCUUUUUCCAAAAGUGCUAUAUUAUUUUUGUUCAGUUCAACACUCGUCAUGUGAAGCUGUUACAAGAAAUGGAAUAUACCAGCUAAAAGUGAAAUCGCUACAAUUUGAGGUAAGCUUUAUUAGAGGGCUAUUGACUUUUUCAUGAUUACCGAUCAGUGUGGUUCUCAGUGUUAAAUCUAUGAUUUUGAGUGCGUAAGCAAACUCUUUGAAGCGUAAAUAACGCGAUGGUGCAUCCUGUCCACGUGACACAGACAGCCUAGAUAUUUCAGUCCACAAUUCAGGUCCGCUUUUACAUAGAAAGAUUUUUUCCUAGGGAAAAAAACCGGGGGGUACUCAACAAAGUUUUAUCCGGGGAGGCUCCGCCCCGAGGUCCAACCCUUUUCCCUUUUUACCCACCAUUUUCUACAGAAAAGGUCCCCCUUUCAUAUACCUUAUAAUGACAAAUGGUACCCCUUUUCACAGACCAGUUUUUGCAACUUUGCAUCCCUUUGAACUUUUAAAGGCAAUGUAUUUUAAAUGAUUAAUUCUCAAGACCAGAAUGUUUCCCUGAUUGUCUCACAACGAUAAAAUGCAUUUGUUUCCUCUUUUGGGCCUCUCAUUAACUGAAAUAACAGAUUCCCGACCCUGAGGCCUAAAGGUACCCUUUACUGGAGGAGGAGCCUCCCCAUAUAGGCCAUUGUAGGGAAUAUGCCCCGGAAAAAAAAUUAAUAGAUAAAAAUUAACUCUUUAUCUGCAGGUCUAUUGUGACGUCACAGCCAAAGGUAAACCAUGGACUCUUAUUGCAAAAUUUUCUAACUUUGAUAAAGUGUCCUGGAUAAAUGAUGAUAGACUUUGGUGGUAUGACCAAAACGUUACCAUAGGAACAACAAGCGAUCCUUCAAAUAAUACGGACAUGAUCUCACCAGCUUUCUGGUUGGUCAGCGGCAGCGAGUUUAGGAUCACGCGCAGUGAUGAUUCCAGUCAUACACCACUGUUGCAGACCACAGGGAACUGUUUGGGUGGACAAACAUUUCGAUCAAAAAUCACAAGUUAUGGCGACUUUAGAAAUGGCAAGUUUUCGCCCAAACACAGGUGCAAGGGAAGCUGUACGGUUCAAUAU